GAUGAGGUAAAUGAUAGGUUAACAAUUUUUUCUCAAUAUGCAUUGUAUUUGGUAAAGUUGUAAUAUGUAUUUAUUGCUCCUAAUAAUGAAGAUGUAUAAGAGAGAUAAGGUGCAACCCGAUCGGAUAAUGGUCUACAUAGAGACACACACAAAGAAGAAUGGAGAUCCAGUUGAUGAGGCAUCAGAUGUAGCCAUUUCUCAUUUGAAAGAGGGAUUGUCUCAAGUGCCCGAGUCCUUACAAACUGAAAAAUUUCGAGAGGAGCUAUUCACUGAGGUCUUAGGAGUAGAUGGGCAUGGUCGUGUACGUACCUAUGGAUUGGGACCUUGCCCAUCUCAGGUGUUUGGGACAAGAUAUUCUGGACCUCGACAACAUAUAGACAUGGAUAAAUUGCGCACAGAGGUACGAGAAGAGGUGCGACAGGAAUUAUUAGCUGAGUGGGGUGAAAGGUUUACUCAGUUAGAGCGCAAGUGUGACAAAAUGCAAGCUCAUGUGGAAACUAUGGGAUAUCCAAUGCCUCAAUCACCAUCAAUGCCUUCACAUGUUGAAGGGGUAAUGUGUAUUUAA